UGCCACGACUCCACACGCGCGCACGCAGCCAGCGAGCGGCCGGAGCGGACGGCGGACGGGGCGGGUGGCGUCGGGGUCGCGGCGCCUGCAGUUGCUUGGGGGCGGCUUCUCGGCGGAGGCUCGGCCGGCUCCUCUCUCCCGGUUCCGUGGCGGCGGCGGCGGCUCCUGCCCUCUCGCUCUCCCUCCCGCGUCUCCGGCUGCAGGUGAAAGGAAAGCAAGCCAGGAUGGAUAUUUACGACACCCAGACCUUGGGGGUUGUGGUCUUUGGUGGAUUCAUGGUUGUUUCCGCCAUCGGCAUCUUCCUGGUGUCGACGUUCUCCAUGAAGGAGACGUCGUAUGAAGAAGCUCUAGCCAACCAGCGCAAGGAGAUGGCGAAGACUCACCACCAGAAAGUGGAGAAGAAAAAGAAGGAGAAAACAGUGGAGAAGAAAGGAAAGACCAAGAAAAAGGACGAGAAACCCAACGGGAAGAUACCUGACCAUGAGCCAGGCCCCAACGUGACCAUCCUCCCCAAGGACCCAGUGCGGGCGCCUGCAGUGGCGGUGGCUCCAACCCCAGUCCCGUCCCCCGUGGUCAUUCCCCCUGUAGCCACGGUACCAGCCAUGCCCCAGGAGAAGCCGGCUUCUUCCCCUAAGGACAAAAAGAAGAAGGAGAAAAAAGUGGCAAAGGUGGAACCAGCAGUCAGUUCUGUAGUAAAUUCCAUCCAGGUUCUUGCCUCAAAGGCUGCCAUUUUGGAAGCCGCUCCCAAGGAGGUCCCUAUGGUGGUUGUGUCCCCAGUGGGUGCCAAGGGCAGUGCCUCUGCCACCAGUGCUGUGCAGGGCAAGAAGGCAGAGGGGGCCCCCAACCAGGGCAAGAAGGCAGAGGGGGCCCCCAACCAGGGCAAGAAGGCAGAGGGGGCCCCCAACCAGGGCAAGAAGGGAGAGGGGGCCCCCAACCAGGGCAAGAAGGCAGAGGGGGCCCCCAACCAGGGCAAGAAGGGAGAGGGGGCCCCCAACCAGGGCAAGAAGGCAGAGGGGGUCCCCAACCAGGGCAAGAAGGCAGAGGGGGCCCCCAACCAGGGCAAGAAGGCAGAAGGGGCCCCCAACCAGGGCAAGAAGGGAGAGGGGGCCCAGAACCAGGGCAAGAAGGGAGAGGGGGCCCCCAACCAGGGCAAGAAGGCAGAGGGGGCCCAGAACCAGGGCAAGAAGGGAGAGGGGGCCCCCAACCAGGGCAAGAAGGCAGAGGGGACCCCCAACCAGGGCAAGAAGACAGAGGGGGCCCAGAAUCAGGGCAAGAAGGCAGAGGGGGCCCAGAAUCAGGGAAAGAAGGCAGAAGAGACCCAGAAUCAGGGCAAGAAGGCAGAAGGGACCCCCAACCAAGGCAAGAAGACACAGGGGGCCCAGAAUCAGGGCAAGAAGGCAGAAGGGGCCUCCAACCAGGGAAAGAAGGCAGAAGGGGCCCAGAACCAGGGCAAGAAGGCAGAGGGGACCCCCAACCAAGGCAAGAAGGCAGAAGGGGCCUCCAACCAGGGAAAGAAGGCAGAAGGGGCCUCCAACCAGGGCAAGAAGGCAGAGGGGGCCCAGAACCAGGGCAAGAAGGCAGAGGGGACCCCCAACCAGGGCAAGAAGGCAGAAGGGGCCUCCAACCAGGGCAAGAAGGCAGAAGGGGCCUCCAACCAGGGCAAGAAGGCAGAGGGGCCCCAGAACCAGGGCAAGAAGGCAGAGGGGGCCCAGAAUCAGGGCAAAAAAGCCGAGGGGGCCCAGAAUCAGGGCAAAAAGGCAGAGGGAGUUCAGAAUCAGGGCAAAAAGGAGGAGGGUACCCCAAACCAGGGCAGAAAGGUAGAGGGGAGCCCCAAUCAGGGCAAAAAGGUAGAAGUGGUUCAGAACCAGAGUAAAAAGGCAGAGGGAACCCCCAACCAGGGCAAGAAGGCAGAUGGGACCCCCAACCAGGGCAAGAAGGCAGAAGGGGCCUCCAACCAGGGGAAGAAGGCAGAGGGGACUCCCAACCAGGGGAAGAAGGCAGAAGGGGCCUCCAACCAGGGCAAGAAGGCAGAGGGGACCCCCAACCAGGGCAGGAAAGCAGAGGGGGGCCAGAAUCAGGGCAAAAAGGCAGAUUCGGUUGCUAAUCAGGGCACAAAGGCGGAGGGUGUUGCAAACCAGGGGAAAAAAGCAGAAGGGGCCCCCAAUCAAGGCAAAAAGGCAGAGGGAAACUUGAACCAGGGCAGAAAGUCAGAAGGGUCCCCCAACCAGGGCAAAAAGGUGGAUGCAUCUGCCAAUCAGGGUAAAAAGGCAGAGUCAGCUCCUAUCCAGGGCAAAAAUGCAGAUAUGGUCCAGAGCCAGGAGGCACCAAAGCAAGAGGCUCCUGCGAAGAAGAAGUCUGGGUCUAAGAAGAAAGGUGAGCCUGGGCCCCCAGAGACCGACAGCCCGCUCUGCCUCCCCUACAAGACGCUGGUCUCCACGGUCGGAAGCAUGGUGUUCAGUGAGGGCGAGGCCCAGCGGCUCAUCGAGAUCCUGUCCGAGAAAGCAGGUGUCGUCCAGGACACGUGGCAUAAGGCCACUCAGAAGGGUGACCCCGUGGCGAUUCUGAAACGCCAGCUGGAAGAGAAGGAGAAGCUGCUGGCCACUGAGCAGGAGGACGCGGCCGCCGCCAAGAGCAAACUGAGGGAGCUCAAUAAGGAGCUGGCAGCGGAAAAGGCCAAGGCAGCAGCCGGGGAGGCCAAAGUGAAAAAGCAGCUGGUGGCCCGGGAGCAGGAGAUCACGGCCGUGCAGGCGCGCAUGCAGGCCAGCUACCGGGAACAUGUGCAGGAGGUGCAGCAGCUGCAGGGCAAGAUCCGGACACUCCAGGAGCAGCUGGAGAAUGGCCCCAACACGCAGCUGGCCCGCCUGCAGCAGGAGAACUCCAUCCUGAGGGAUGCCUUGAACCAGGCCACGAGCCAGGUGGAGAGCAAGCAGAAUGCAGAGCUGGCCAAGCUCCGGCAGGAGCUGGGCAAGGUCAGCAAGGAGCUGGUGGAGAAGUCGGAGGCCGCACGGCAGGAGGAGCUGCAGCGGAAGGCCCUGGAGGCCAAGGCAGCUGCCUUCGAGAAGCAGGUCCUGCAGCUGCAGGCGUCUCACAAGGAGAGCGAGGAGGCCCUGCAGAAGCGCCUGGAUGAGGUCAGCCGGGAGCUGUGCCGCUCGCAGACCAGCCACGCCAGCCUCCGGGCGGAUGCCGAGAAGGCCCGGGAACAGCAGCAGCAGAUGGCCGAGCUGCACGGCAAGCUGCAGUCCUCCGAGGCUGAGGUGAGGAACAAGUGUGAGGAGCUGAGCAGCGUCCACGGGCAGCUGGACGAGGCCAGGGCGCAGAACUCACAGCUCACGGAGAGGAUCUGCUCCAUAGAGGCCCUGCUGGAGGCGAGCCAGGCCCGGGACGCCCAGGCCAGCCGAGAGGAGGCCGACCAGCAGCAGGCCCGCCUCAUGGAGCUGGAGUCGCAGGUGUGGUGUCUGGAGAAGGAGGCCACGGAGCUCAAGGAGGCAGUUGAGCAGCAGAAAGUGAAGAACAAUGACCUCCGAGAGAAGAACUGGAAGGCGAUGGAGGCUCUGGCCUCGGCCGAGAGGGGCUGCGAGGAGAAGCUGCGGUCCCUGACCCAGGCCAAGGAGGAGUCCGAGAAGCAGCUCAGCCUGACGGAGGCCCAGACCAGGGAGGCCCUGCUGGCCCUGCUCCCGGGCCUCUCUGCCCCCACCCACCAGGAUUACGCCAAGUGGCUGCAGGAGCUCAAAGAGAAAGGCCCAGAGCUGCUGAAGCAGCCACCAGCGAACACGGAGUCCUCGGACCUGGCUGCCAAGCUGAGGGAGGCGGAGGAGACGCAGAGCAGCCUUCAGGCCGAGUGCGAUCAGUACCGCAGCAUCCUGGCCGAGACGGAGGCCAUGCUCAAAGCCCUGCAGAAGAGCGUGGAGGAGGAGGAGCAGGUGUGGAAGGCCCGGGUGAGCGCCGCGGAGGAGGAGCUCCAGAAGUCGCGGGUCACAGUGAAGCAUCUCGAAGAGACUGUCGGGAAGCUGAAAGGGGAACUUGAAAGUGCCGAUCAGGUGAGGGAGCACACGUCGCAUCUGGAGGCGGAGCUGGAGAAGCACAUGGCGGCCGCGAGUGCCGAGUGCCAGAACUACGCCACGGAGGUGGCGGGGUUGAGGCAGCUUUUAUUAGAAUCUCAGUCUCAGCUGGAUGCAGCCAAGAGUGAAGCCCAGAAACAAAGCGACGAGCUUGCCCUGGUCAGGCAGCAGUUGAGUGAGAUGAAGAGCCACGUAGAGGAUGGUGACGUAGCCGGGUCCCUGGCUGCCCCCCCAGAGGCCCCCUCAGCAGAACAGGACCCCGUCGAGCUGAAGGUGCAGCUGGAGCGGACAGAAGCCAUCCUGGAGGACGAGCAGACGCAGCGGCAGAAGCUCACGGCCGAGUUCGAGGAGGCUCAGCUCGUGGCGAGUCGGCUGCAGGGGGAGUUGGAGAAGCUCCGCUGUGCCAGCACCCUCGGGUCCUCAGAGGCUGAGGAGGCCAUGCGGCUCAAGGAGAGACUAGAAAAAGAGAAGAAAUUAACCAGUGACCUGGGACACGCUGCCACCAAACUACAGGAGCUUUUGAAGACGACCCAGGAGCAGCUGGCAAAGGAGAAAGACACGGUGAAGAAGCUGCAGGAGCAGCUGGACAGACCAGAGGCCGGCAGCAGCAGCUCGAAGGAGGGAACCUCUGUCUGAGCUUCCUGCAGAAAAAAGAAGUCACUGUUCAACUUACCAAAAUGCCUUACACAUUCCUGACCAAUAAACAAACCAACACAGCGUUAUCUGGGCCCAACUUGGGUAGCUCUGAGAAGCCAUAGAGACGAGAGUCUCUUAGCACCAGAAGUAGCUCUUCCAGACCCCCGUUUGUAAAAGAAUCUUUGUCACAUUCGAUAAACACUAUUCCCUAGGACCGGCCCUGGACCACCAGCCAGCAGACGCCAAAGCCCUCAGCAGCUGUGUGACAGACCCGGGUGUGUGCUAGGGGGCUGGGACCUUGGGGUGUGUAUAUCAGUCAAGCAGUGCAAUUGUGUCUUUUGUGGGGUUGGCGGUCGGGCAAUGGGCGGUCCGGGUGGUGAGUCCUGAAGGCUGCAGCGCAGACUAGGGUCACAGCCCAGCGAGGCAGCAGCUCUCACCCCUGGAAGAAGUUGCCACCACAACUGACGUGUGACCUCCUGGGUGUUGAUGCCAUUAAAACCCGCGUGUCGCCCGGCACUUCAGGAAGAGAA